AUGGUGAAUGCAUUACUUAAGGAAAAACAUAUCAAAUAUUUGAAAUCAUUGGAUUCCCAAAAAGAGACAUUGGAGUAUUGGCUAUCUGAACAUUUAAGGCUUAAUGGUAUAUAUUGGGGGCUUACUGCUCUUUGUAUUCUAGACUCAAAGGAGACAUUCCAGCGUGAAGAAGUGAUCCAGUUUGUAAUGUCCUGUUGGAACAAUCGUACCGGCGGAUUUGGUCCAUUUCCCAAACAUGAUGCCCACAUGUUGUCUACUUUAUCUGGAUUACAAAUAUUAUUGACAUACGAUGCAAUUAAUCUUAUAACAGAGGACUCAGAGAAAUUGGACAGUGUAGUUCAGUUUAUUAAAGGGAAUCAAUUACCUGAUGGAUCCUUUCAAGGCGAUCGUUUUGGAGAAGUUGAUGCUAGGUUCAGUUAUAACGCUCUAAGUGCACUAUCUAUACUUGGAAUGCUAUCACCGGAAGUCGUAGACCCAGCUGUAGAACACAUUCUAAAAUGUCUGAAUUUUGAUGGUGGAUUCGGUCUUUGUCCAGGGGCAGAAAGUCAUGCAUCGAUGGCAUUUACCUGUCUUGGUGCAUUGAGCAUAGUCAAUAAGUUAAAUUUACUUACUCCAGAACAGAUUGAUACAAUUGCAUGGUGGCUUUGUGAAAGACAAGUACCAGAAGGUGGACUGAAUGGUCGUCCCAGUAAGUUACCAGAUGUUUGUUACAGUUUUUGGGUUGUGUCGUCAUUGGCUAUAAUAGAUAGAUUAGAUUGGAUAGAUUCAGAUAAAUUAGCCAAUUUCAUCUUGGAGAGUCAAGACGAAAUAAAGGGUGGGAUUGCUGAUAGACCUGGAAAUGAAGUGGAUGUGUUCCACACCGUGUUUGGUCUAGCUGGGUUAAGUCUUAUUGGUUAUGAUAAUUUAGUUGAAAUAGAUCCAACUUAUUGCAUGACUUAUGAAGUGACCUCCAAGAUUCAUAAGUAUCCUUAUUGA